UAAGUGAAGAAAAAAUUGCAAAUUCUUAUAAAGAAAAAUUAUAAUAUAUUAGAAAAAGGCAAAAAAUUGAAGAAAUCAAUUAGCAUAAAGCAAAAUAUUUCAUAUUUAAGGAAUUUAACAUGAAUUGCAAGAAACACAAAUACAAAAAAAUAUAAUUAGAAAGUGCUGUGAAACAACAAAAUAGUAGUAGUCAAAGAAAAAAAGAGGAAAUUUGUUGUGUGUUUAUGAAGGCCAAGCGCCUACGCCUUCUGGAGGUCAUUAAUAUUGUGUGUUUUACAUUGAGCAUAAUAAAAUAAGUGUUUGCGUUUAAUUAUUUGUAAUAAAAUUUUCAUAUUUGCUGGAGUUAGCUCAAUAUUUUUGCCAUCACGUUAGCGUCGCAGCAGUUUACAUUUAACGCCACCAUGCCGUUGGCAGAUCUGCACAAAGAUCUAAGACAACAGCAACAAUUGGGCGUUACGACUGCAUCCAUACCCAGUUCAUUGUCAUCAUCAACGGCCGCAUCCAAUCUAAGCGAUCAUGUGGGCAUAUCGCGUAUGCAAAUCACCUCUUCCGGCUGCAGUAGUCUGGCGGUAACCCCCAUGGAACAUACACCCACCGAUGAGGAAAGUGCGGGUGUAACAACAGUGACGUCAUGCCAAAGACGUCAACUGCAACAACAAAACCUCCAACCUUCACAGCUGCAGGCAGCAUUAGGUAAACAUCAUCAUCAUCAACAACAGCAACGGGGGGCAGAUGGAUGUGCAACGUUACAAAAUAAUUUACAACAUUCCAAUGAUUUAAUGGAUUUAAGUGAUUCUGAAUGUUAUUCGCAUUCCACUGGAGGUCAAGGUGGCCACAUUGAUUGUGGCGAAAAUGAAUUUGAAUUGAGAGAAGUAAUUAAGGAAGGUCACGAAAAGGCCGACCCCUCACAGUUUGAACUGUUGCGCGUGUUGGGUGAGGGCUCGUUCGGCAAAGUGUUUUUGGUGCGUAAAAUUGUGGGCAAAGAUGCUGGCACCUUGUAUGCCAUGAAAGUUCUAAAGAAGGCCACCUUGAAAAUCAAGGACAGAGUAAGAAGUACAAAUGAACGCAAGAUUUUGGCAGAUGUUGGCCAUGCCUUUAUAGUAAAAUUACACUAUGCCUUUCAAACGCCUGGAAAAUUGUAUUUAAUACUAGACUUUCUGCGAGGUGGCGAUUUGUUUACGCGCCUUUCCAAGGAGGUAAUGUUUACAGAGGAAGAUGUUAAAUUCUAUUUGGCUGAAUUGGCUUUGGCUCUAAAUCACUUGCAUACGUUGGGCAUUAUAUAUCGGGAUCUAAAGCCGGAAAAUAUUUUGCUGGAUGAAAACGGUCAUAUAGCACUGACGGACUUUGGUUUGUCAAAGCAACCAUUGGAUGGCUCUAAAACGUAUAGUUUUUGUGGUACAGUGGAAUAUAUGGCUCCUGAGAUUGUGAAUAGAAAAGGUCAUGAUUUUGCCGCAGACUGGUGGUCAUUUGGUGUUCUUAUGUAUGAAAUGUUAACAGGGAAUUUACCUUUUCAUGGCCAAUCUAGACAGGAAACUAUGAAUCAAAUAUUGAGAUCUAAACUAGGCAUGCCGGAAAAUCUUUCACCCGAAGCUCAGGCUCUAUUAAGAGCUUUGUUCAAAAGAAAUCCUCAAAAUCGCUUGGGGGCAGGAGCAAAUGGCAUUAUGGAUAUAAAGGCUCACUGUUUCUUCUCCACCAUAGAUUGGCCACGCUUGGAAAAGAAGGAAGUAAGACCUCCUUUUAUACCAGCCGUUUCACGAGAUGAUGCAUUUUAUUUCGAUGUGGAGUAUACCUCAAAAUCACCCAGAGAUUCACCAGGAGGUCCCAUUUCUGCCUCGGCUCAUGAAAUAUUUAGAGGUUUUUCUUUUGUAGCUCCAGUGCUGCUGGAACAAACUUUAAGCAACCACUCCUCCUUACCUGAAUCACCCUAUUUACCAUGUCAACAAGCUGCUCGCACUUUGCCCGGAGUAUUGCCGGGAAAUUUCCAUCAGGACUACAAUCUGUUGCAAGAGUUGGGUCGUGGCACAUUUUCCGUUUGCCGCUUGUGCGAACACAAAUCAUCGAAAAAACACUUUGCUGUUAAGAUUAUUGAGAAGGCUGCUUAUAUGGCCAAUUCAUCGUCAUCCGAUUGCUGGGAGGAAGUGGAGAUUAUGUUGCGUUAUGGCAAUCAUCCAAAUAUUGUUACUUUGUUUUCCGUAUACGAGGAUGCUCUGUCCGCGUAUUUGGUUAUGGAACUUUUAAAGGGUGGCGAAUUGUUGGAUCGCAUUUUGGCCGUGGGCCAAAUGUGUGAAAGUGAGGCUAGUGCGGUUUUAAGGACUAUGGUUUCAGCGGUAGCCUAUCUGCAUGAACAUGGUGUGGUGCAUCGGGAUUUGAAGCCAUCAAAUAUGAUUUAUGCCAGUAUGCGUCAGACACCAGAGACAUUGAAACUAUGUGACUUAGGUUUUGCAAAACAAUUACGUGCCGAUAAUGGUCUCCUUAUGACACCCUGUUAUACAGCGAAUUUUGUAGCUCCCGAAGUAUUAAAACGACAAGGCUAUGACUUGGCCUGUGAUAUAUGGUCAUUAGGUGUCCUCCUCUAUAUAAUGCUGUCGGGAAGGACACCCUUCGCAUCGACGCCUAAUGACUCACCCGAUGUGAUAUUAAAACGUAUAGGAUCUGGACAUAUAGAUUUUAAUUCGACACGAUGGACGCUGGUCUCAAAUCCCGUCAAAGAUUUACUAAGACAAAUGUUACACAUAGUACCGGAAAAUCGACCCACUGCUGCACUCAUUUUACAACAUCCCUGGCUAAAGGAACAAUCAGCUGGCUCUGUUAGACUUACAGAAUACUGCACGCAACCAAUUAGCACAACAACAAAUAUGGCCUCAAUUAAUCAAGGUGUUGGUGGUGGUGGUGUUGUUGGUUCAAUGCAAACUAUGUCCUCCAAUUUUACCCAUAAUGCCAAUAUGGUGAGAGAAGCAAAUGCAAAUUUACGUGGCGCAGUGGAUGCCACUUUCAGAGCCAUUGCCAUACCACAGGCGGCCAAUGUGGGGCCUGUGGAACAAUCCACAUUGGCCAAACGACGUGCCAAAGAUCGUGCCAAUACACAAACGUAAUCGAAAGCUUCUCUUAGAUGGCCAGCAUUUUUAAUACGUUUUAAAUUGAAAUUUUUAAGAUAAUUGUGAGAUUACUACGAAAUGAGAACAAAA